AUGAUCGCGAAUGGUGAUAAAAAUGGCAUCUUUAUCGGAAAGGUCGCAAGGCUAAUGUUACGUGCUAAUAAACUUGCUGGACAAUUGGCGUUAAGGAGAGCAGCCACUCCCGUCAGGAUGGGUCUGGCUGCAAUAAUUGCUACUCGUCUAUUGAAGAACCAAGUUCAAACUUCAAAAUUGGCGCCUUUUCAAGCUCCUUCAAUUCGCUUCUUUCACUCUUCCCCAAGUUCUAGAAUGCAAAUGUCCAUGAAUAAAGAAGAGCAGGAUGACAGACCGGCAUUGGAAAAGUAUGGAACCGAUCUCACGAAGCUAGCACAGGAUGGAAAGCUCGAUCCCGUGAUUGGAAGAGAUGAGGAAAUCAGAAGAACCAUUCAAAUUCUCUCCCGGCGAACCAAAAACAACCCAGUUUUGAUAGGUAACGCUGGUACGGGUAAAACAGCAGUUAUGGAGGGCUUGGCACAGCGGAUAUUGAAGGGAGAGGUUCCCGAGAGCAUGAAGAACAAGAAGAUCAUUACGCUUGAUUUGGCAGGAAUCAUCUCGGGAGCAAAGUUCCGGGGUGAUUUCGAGGCCAAGCUCAAACAGAUAUUGAAAGAAGUGGAGGAACAGCAAGGAAAGGUCAUUCUUUUCGUGGACGAACUCCACCUUUUGAUGGGGUUGGGUAAAGCAGAAGGAUCCAUAGACGCUUCCAAUUUGCUCAAACCAGCCUUAGCCCGUGGAAAAUUGUCACUUUGUGGUGCCACAACAAUUGAGGAGUACCGUAAGUACGUCGAGAAAGAUGCUGCUUUGGCUCGUCGUUUUUCGGCUGUCACUGUGAAUGAACCCACUCCCGAAGACACAAUUUCCAUUCUCAGAGGUUUAAAGGAACGUUACGAAGUACACCAUGGUGUUCGUAUCACCGAUAGUGCAUUGGUGACGGCAGCGCUUUACUCGCACAGGUAUAUCACCGACAGAUUUUUGCCCGACAAGGCUAUCGACUUGGUUGACGAGGCUUGCUCUACUCUUCGUUUGCAACACGAAUCUCGGCCUGAUGCCAUCACGCAGUUGGACAGACAAAUAAUGACGAUUCAGAUCGAGUUGGAGUCGUUGCGCAAAGAGGAGGACCAACUUUCCGUGGAUCGCAAGAACAAACUCGAAGAGGAAUUGAAGGCCAAACAAGCCGAACUCGAAGAGUUCACAAAACAGUGGGAGCUGGAAAAGCAGAGUAUUGACGAGGUCAAGAACGCCAAAAUGGAAUUGGAACAGGCCCGUUUCGACUUGGACCAUAGUCAACGUUCUGGUGACUACGGUCGUGCAAGUGAGUUACAAUAUCUGACAAUUCCACACUUAGAGCAACGUCUUAAGGAGCUCACCGAGUCAGAAACAGCCGCCAAGAGCUCAACAUUGUUACAUGACUCUGUCACUUCCGACGAUAUUGCCAAUGUGAUUUCUAAAAUGACUGGCAUUCCCGUCACAAACUUGAUGAAGGGAGAAAAGGACAAGUUACUCGACAUGGAAAUACUUUUGAAACAGAAAGUUGUGGGUCAAGACGAAGCCAUCCAUGCUGUCGCAGAUGCUGUGCGUUUGCAGCGUGCUGGAUUGACCAGCGACAAACGUCCUAUAGCUUCUUUUAUCUUCCUUGGUCCAACUGGUACUGGUAAGACUGAGCUCACAAAGAGCCUUGCGGAGUUUUUGUUCAACGAUAAGUCGUCGGUGGUUCGGUUUGACAUGUCUGAGUUUCAGGAGAAGCAUACCGUUUCUCGUUUGAUUGGAUCACCCCCUGGAUAUGUUGGAUACGAAGAAAGCGGAGAAUUGACAGAAGCUGUACGGAGGAAACCAUAUGCUGUUGUCUUGUUUGACGAGUUUGAAAAAGCACACCCUGAUGUUUCCAAGCUUUUGUUGCAGGUCUUGGACGAAGGAUCUUUGACGGACAGCCACGGAAAACACAUUGAUUUCCGCAACACUAUCAUCGUCAUGACCUCCAAUAUCGGACAAGAACUUCUCCUUGCUGACAAAGAAGGAGGAGAUGACGGCAAGAUUGGACCAGAGACAAGAACCGCAAUUACUGAAUUGUUGAAGCAGUACUACCCACCAGAAUUCUUGAAUCGUCUCGAUGACGUCUUGUUGUUCAACCGGUUGUCCAAGAAGUCGUUGCGCAACAUUCUUGAUAUCCGUCUUUUGGAGAUAGGCGAUAGGUUAAGUGACCGCCGUAUCAAGCUUCGGUUGACGGAAGAUGCAAAGAUGUUGUUAUGUGAUUUGGGAUAUGAUAGGGUUUACGGUGCAAGACCUUUAAACAGAGUGUUGCAAAAGAAGCUUUUGAACCCAUUGGCUAAAAUGUUGAUUCAGGGUCAAGUUCGCGAAGGAGAAGAAGUGGAGGUGAAGGCAGAGAAUAGCGAGCUAGUUGUUGUUCCCAACCACACAGAAGCAAAAUGA